UUUUCACAACAAAACCAUAGAUAUGUGAAAACAACCCGUGGCAACAGCGUUAAAGUAGCCCAAUUCCGCCGGGAAACAGCGGACUUGGCAACACCGCCGCAAGCGGUGUGAUACAAUUAUAUUGGGUGAGUUGUUUUCACUCUAAGAUCACACUCUUAUCAGACUAUAAUAUUCGAGGACCUGAAAGAACUGUUGUAUAAAUUAAUAUACCAUGCGUAUUAACUGUAAAGGAACUGGCAAAAUUUUGUUUGAAGUAGUUUUAGAUCCCACCCAGUGCAAUACUUAUGUCAAAUUCGUCAAGUAUUGCAGGUCGACUACAAGUUUAUGUUGCACUUCAGAAAAUACCAGUUUUACCACUGCAUAUAUCAAAAACCAGUAGUACCUUGGUACUCUGAGUUAGUGUAGACAGCAUCUGAAUGCGCUGUAAGCGUCUGUGAUGCCCAGAAAUGCUGUAGGUAGGAAGUGCACUAGGUUUUGAUUAAAAGAGGAUUUUUAGGGCAUUAAGUUGAGCUCUGGCAGGGAAACAGCCGUGAGGUGGAUACGGGUCAGCGACUCGGAUGUUUAUGGAUUAUUAUUUUUUCUGCAUUAAGUGCAAAUCACGUGAGAUGAAUGUGCAAUGACAGUGUCCCGACACCGAGCGUCCUCGCGCAGUUCUCGAGGAACGGACACGCACUCACAUUCCUUCAUGUAAUCGAGCACUUCGUCGCGUUUUUACUGUGUUUUCUUUAUUUUUCUUUUGCUUUUUGGUUUGGUUUGUUUCCCAGCGAUGGCUUGGCCGUGCAUCAGCAGAGUCUGCUGCUUGGCUCGGUUCUGGAACCAGUUCGAUAAAUCGGAUUUGUCGGUUCCGCUAACGAUUCAGAACUACUCUGACAUUGGGGAACAGGAGGUGCGAUCCGUCACCAAACUCGUUUCCACGGAACAGGCGCCCGGCGUCGACUUCGUAACGCCGGAUCAUGCAGCUGGAGUCCGGCGGCCGCACCGGGGACGGACGGAACCGAGUUAUAAACCCCGCGAGGACUACCAUCCCCCGGGUGUGCCUUUCCCGAGCGUCACCCAGUAUAAACAGGAUUACAAACCCUGGCCCAUCCCGAAGAAGGAUAACUUUCCCUGGAUUAGUAACGGAGGGAAAGGCGGCACUUUAACGGAUAGCCCGGUGAACGGUUACCCUAACGGCACGAGUCAGCCACGGGCGGACAAACAGGAGCGCAGCGGCACCGGUACCGGCAGCGGCAGGCAGAGAGGAGGAGAUCAGCUCAGCUCAUACAGGCAGGAGUACCAGCCGUGGUCUGGAGCCCGGCCGUCAAAGCCUGCCCACAAACGGCCCACCUUCCUGGGUACAGCUGCUGACGUGCCCCCGCCGGAGACCAGCUACCAGGCCGCCUUCAGCCCGGACGCGCACAGACAGACGGACGGCGGCGUACCGGAGACCAGCACACAUGCGCCGACAGAGAGAGCACACACACACAGGACAGAGAUCAGCAUGAAACCAGAGGAGCAGAAGACUAAGCUGUCACCAAACCCAUCUGCCGUCUUUCAAAGCAAAUCCAGGAUCUUCAACAUAUGAUCCAUCUACGCUCCCCACAUAAAGAACCACAUUCACAUCUGAUUCAGCCUUUCACUAGAAGAGGAGACCAUUUUAAAAAAGAAGAAUUGUCGAGAGACACCUGAAUGUUGAGAAACUGAGUUGAGUUAUUCUGAGAGACUAGGAGAAGAACGCCUGAGGGUGAAUAGAAAUGGGUUCAAUGCGAGAGCCUGUGAAAAGCAAAAUCAGUAAAAUGGAAUUCUCUAAAUCAUUCCACUGAGGAAAUGACAGAACCAGAGGAAUUUUGCUGGAAAUUUACACACUGUAAAAUCUAUGCAAGAGAAUGUAUGCUUCAAAUGUCAACCACCUACUAGAAGGAUAUGUUUGUAAUACACUUCAGGUUUAAGAGUGAUAGAAAGAUUGUGUGUGUUUGAGACUGGGAAAGUUUUCAGGCCUCAAUUUCUGCUGACCUUGCCCUAUCCCAGCUGAAUGAAUAUCUGCAUGUUUCAUAAUAGUUUUAUGAAUUGACUGAAUAUGCAACAUUUAAAAAAAAGGAACAAAAUGUAAUCUGGAAACUCAAGUGUCUGAGUGUGUAUCCUGUGCAAAGCCUAGUUAAUGACAUGAUUUUGUAUAUAGUGAUGUUGGUCUGCCUUUAUUGAUCUGUUAAUGUCUGCCUGAGGACGCCGGGUGCUUCUAAUUGCCAUUUUCUUGCUCCAGACCCUGCUAGCCCUUUAUGAAACCCACAUAAAGACUGAAACAUUAUGAAUCUUUCACUUUCACUGAAUCGGGGGCUGUCCAAGUUUUUUGUAAAUUCGGUUUAGAGAUAAAUGGGGAAAAUACUUAAGACAAACUAUUUAAAUAAAAAUGGCAUUCUUUAAACUUG